AUGCUUCUCCGAAAUGCCUGUCAUAAAAUCGCGUCACCCGUCUCUCUCGACUUCCUCGUUCCAGGCCUUAUCUUCACGCGGAACGCGUCGAAGAAGGCACCUGUGAAGCUACAGAUACACAAUGGUUCUAACAAGCCAAAUGUGCCACAUAUACCCACCGCCUCCACGUCCUCCAAUUACAGUCCUGCCACCAUUCUAAACAAACUGGAUUUACAAAUCCAAGCUUUCCACGAUCAGUUGGUCGGGGCUCCUACAGAUUCGCAGGUUGCGUUGUUUAACAGAGUUAUACCAGAGCUUAGACACGCUCUCGAGACCUCGAACAUCACGAAAGCUUGGAGAUUUUGGACGACUCUCAAAGCGAAGAACUUACUCGCUUUCUUUGGACCAUCACACCAUGACGUGUACUCCAGAUAUGUUGCUGCAGUCUGUGAUGCCAGAUCUCCGGAUCUUCCUUGGAGCCGCGUGGAGGCUGAAGCGUUGGAAGAGAUAGCUGUGGUAGCAGCAAGUGGGGGUGCUAUCGAGGGCCUGAAGGCGUAUAUGCUUUCAUACGUCAAACUUGGUGAUGCGAAUGCAGUUCUCCAUUCGUAUCAGCUUUAUCUGUCGCUUCUGCAAGAGAAUGAUCCUCGGCAGCAAGUAGAUGACAUCAAGGAGGAUGUAAAGGAUGAAGACGAAUCCAGCACAGACGUAACCAUACAAUCGCCUGUUUACACUCUCGUACAAGGUGACAUCUUACUCCUCGCAGUCACUGCCCAUAUCAUACAGAAUUCCUAUGACGAGGCCCUGCAAGCUGCUCUACAGGUUAGGGCCCGCAUUCACCUCAGCUCAUAUGAAGAGCUUCUGCGACACCUUGGUCAUGACCAUCCUCUCCGCGACAAGCUUACUCUGUACGUUCCGCAUCUGAACGCGGCGAGACUUGUUGCCAGACCUGGUGCAUUCUCUAGGCAGAUCGCAAAUCUCACGAGGGAUUUUGCAGACAAGGCGUUGGAGAAGUUCUACAGGUCCAUUAUAGAGGGGAUGUCGGGGCCAAAUCCAUGUUUGACUGCUAAUGCAUCGGAGAAGAACAUUCACGGACUAGUUGUCAUGCCUGACUUCGCCUGGGCUUCCUUCAUAACAGGUUUUCUGCGAUGCCGACGAAUAGACCUCACUGAGAAACUUUGGGACGAUAUGAUUCGGCUCGGAAUACGUCCAAGUAUUGUCACAUGGAAUGCCCUAAUCGAUGGUUAUGCCGAGCUCCGAGUUGUCGAUAUGGCUGUGGAUACGUGGAACGUCAUGCUUGCGCAGGGGUUCAAGCCCGACGCAAUGACGCAUCGUGCCCUGAUACAUGCCCUCUUUUAUGCAGGCCAGCCGGACGAAGCCAUGAAGAGACUCCGAGCUUUCAAAGAAUCACUUCCUAAACUGUCCCCUCGUCCUGAGGAGUCUACAGUACUCGUUGUCUAUAACACUGUACUUCACGGUCUCCUGUUCAAUCAGCGGGAGAUCGAAGCACGCAAUCUCCUUCAGCAAUUGCAGACAGAGGGUCCUAAACCUGACAUCGUCACGUUCAAUACAAUUCUCCGGUAUUACGGAAAGCAAGGGGACCUGAAGCAGUUGGCAGACGUCCUGGAAAUGAUCGAGCCAGCUGGAAUCGUCGGAGACGUGUUUACUUUCUCCAUCGUCCUUUCUGCACUACUCAAAGUACGGGACGACGCACCACAGAUCGUCAUCAGUUUGAUGAAGAAACAGGGCGUCGAGCCGAACGCUGCCACGAUAUCUGCAAUCAUCGACCACCAGAUGAGGGCGCAGACGGAAUCCAGCUUCCGUGGAGCUCUCGAGCUACUCUCGAAGAUGGAGCAGAGCGAGUUGCCCGACAUGCAGCCGAACGAAGUCACGUAUACCAGUAUCUUGACGGGCAACGCAUAUUGGAAAAGAUGCAGGCUCGUGGCAUACAACCAAACAAGGUGA